CUCCUUUACUCUCGCAGAGGCAGGAGCCGAGGCGGGCAGCGGCUUCCCUUGGCGGCGGCUGUGAGAGAAGCCGGGAGGCUGGAGCCCUCCUGGGGAAGAUGAGAAGGGCGCCGGGAGGGAGCACCCCACGCCCCUGACUUUUCCCGCGGGAGGAAGCAGGCGGGCCGCCACCGCCUGGGCUGCCGUCUGAAGGCCAUGUCCGGACCCGAAGCUCACGGCCACAGCCGGCGGCUGCCCUCUGACAUGGAAAAUGGGCAGCGGGGACUCGAUGCAGAGCAGCUGCAGCAACAACAGCUCAAACUCCGCGAGAGGCAGAGAUUCUUUGAGGAGGUUUUCCAGCAUGAUGUUGAUUUCUUCUUCCCAGUAUCCCAUCUGCAGAUAGAACACAGGAGACCUCCCUUGGGCAGCAUAUCUUCCAUGGAGGUGAAUGUGGAUAUGCUGGAACAGAUGGACAUGAUGGACCUCUCUGACCAAGACACUGUAGAUGUAUUCCUUGGCUGUGGGACAGAGGACAACAACAACGUAGCCACUCUUUUGCCAGAUUCCAACCAUUACCAAGAGGAGAUUUCUCUGCAAGUGCCCAACACUGGUGAGGUCAAAUCCAGGAUCUCGUCCACAUCCUCAGCCUCCACAGACCUGAACAGCCUGGAUACCAGUGAGGAGGGGGCUGAGACCCCUGUGGUACAAUCGGAUGAAGAGGAGCUGCAGCAAGAUGGCCCUGAAGAACCGGAGACCAAAAGCUAGCAGGGCAAAGGGAUGUAAUUCUUUGGCCAUGCUCUGCAUCCAACCCAUCGCAUGGACCCUGCCAGCAUGAGAAUCAUGAUGGAAAAUGACUGGCUGGCUGGCUCUUUGACUCCCACUGAGUAAACCCCACCAAAGUUUCCUAUAUCCCGUUGGUCCUAGUGGGGGAGGAUUUGAGAGAAACCCUCUCUUCUGCAGGAUGGUCAAUGCAUGGAGAAAGCAAGAAGCAGGGGGAGAACAGGGUGAAGUAAGGGGACUGUAAAACAAAUUCUCUUACAUACAUACAUACAUACAUACAUACACACACACACCCACACACACCUAACUCUCCAGGCUUUCAUGGCUAACCACCUGCUUCACUCACUUUGACUUCUCAAAUUGGCUGAGGGCCCAGCUGUAACUAUUUCAUGCAAGACCUUCAUCCAAACUUGCAUUCUCUUGAAUCCCAAAACGCAUACAUACAUACAUGACAAAUGUUUAACUGUAACAUAAUAGAUAAUUAUAUUCCUUUCCAAAACAA